AUGCCGAAGCGAACUCAAAAAGACCAAUGUGAAAUUCCGGCACGUAAGCGACCCUCCAGGACAUUCAAAGCUUUGGAAGAUCCAGCUCCUGAAGCACGUAAGCCACCCGCCAGGCCGUCGAGGGCUGUUCAAGAUCCAGCUCCUGAUGCUCGCGUACCACGCUCCAGAACAUCCAAGUAUCCAACUCCUGAUGGUUUUGUCAGACCACCGCCAGGAACUGAUUCCUGUUUGUGGAAGGCAAACGGUGUCCUCGACCCGUUCCCUGCCGGAGGAAAGAAGGAUCUUCACCGACCCUUGGAUCAAUAUCUGAACAUUGAUGAAUCGAGAUUCAAGCCCAUUGGAUGGGGACCAGAAGACCUGCAGACCCGUAACACCAUCUACUACCUAAUGGGAACGAGAGAAGCAUGGAAGAAAAAGGGCCGUGUGAGCAGAAGCGAUUUCAACGAUGUUUCGAGACUUCUUUACUGGAGAACUCAAAAGCUCAUUUCUGGGAAGUCUUGCCUGGAAGUAUGGAUUCAAGGAAGAAAGCAGCUCAGGGAGAUGCUGAGAAUAUCAAUAGAAGAGCUGAAAUUGAAUUCUGUUGAAACGGAAAUGUACCUGAUGGAAACUCUACCGUCGUAUGCUUACCUAAAAUUCGCCCGAGAGCUCUUUCAUGAAUAUGAAAUUGAGCUCAGAGUGAAAUUUCUCGGGGACGCCUCGGAUGUUGAUGAAGAGCUGAUCAAGAAAAUUGAAGAGGAGGAUGAUAUCAGAUUCGAGGAUGAAGAAGAAUCAAGUGAUUCCAUCCCAGACGUUGCUCCGGAUCUUCAACGAGAUGUUCGAAAUGCUGAAGGGAUUGCGAGGAUGGAAGAGGAAGAUCCAGAAGAAGGCAGAGAUACCAGUGAAUUUGCUGGGCUCGCAUCUCCCGCUCGUUCUGCUCCACCAGCUUCGUCAUCUCCAGAUCAUCACGAAGAUGGCGGAGACACCUUACAAGAUGUCCCUGAACAAGAAUUCGAGUACAACCCAGACUAUGAUUCCGAGAGGUCCGAAGAGCAGGAUACUACACGAAUUGAUAAGGAUCCAGAAGAAAUCAUGGAGACAAGUGAUCUUGCUGGAUUUGCUCCAAUGGGCCACCAGCAGGACGACAGCGUUUCGGGUCCUGCUCUACCAGCUUCAUCAUCUCCAGUCCAUCAAGAAGAUGGAGAAGACGACGUCCCUGAACAAGACUUCGAGUUCAAUACAGACUAUGAUUUUGAGAGGAUCGAAGAGCGAGUUGAUAAGGAUCCAGAAGAAACUUCGGAUACAAGAAAACAGAAAAAAGUAUUGUAUUGUUUCAGUGAUCUUGCUGGUCAUGAUCCUCAAGCUCACCAACAAAACGAGGAAGUCGAGUUGGACCAUCAAGCCGACGUCCUCUCUUCUGCUUCUUCACCUGCUUCUUCAUCCCCAGCUCAUCAAGAAUAUGAAGGAGACUCGCAAGACAACGUCGAAUACGAUGAAGAUGAGUAUGACUUCGAAAUUGGGUUUCGAGAGCCAUCCACAUCUUUUAUACCAGCUGACAUGUCUCGAUCCUGUGCUCCACGUCAGGAUCAUCAAGAAGACAAUGAUUUCGACUUUGAAACUGACUACGAUGCGCCAACAACGUCUUCAAGACCAGCUGGCACCUCUCGAGCACAUGGAGAUUCGUUCUUCGGAUCAAUGGACAAGGUUCCACAUCCGUCAUGCUCUUCCACUCGUCGUCACGCCCAAACUCCAUUUCACCAUGAAGGCACUUCAAGGGAUUCAGAAGAAGGAGAAGAAGAUGAAGACGAUGCCCAAGAUCUGGAUUACAUUGCUGCUCCCUCUUCAUCUCGUCAUCCAACUGCUCCGAUUUGCGAUGCUCAAGAUGAUCACGAAGAAGACCGAGACCGCGCCGAUUACAUAACCCUCCGAUUUCGCCGAUUCCUCAAAAAGCAUCCCAAGUUGGUGGACGACCAAAUGUUCAACGAAAUCUACGCUAUGGCACAAACCGGAUCCACGGUUUCCGGUGACAUGAAGAAAAGAUUCGCGGACAGUGCCCUAACAGGUCGAAUGAUCGAGAUGUCCGUCAGGAUGAACCACAACCAGCUCCGAAGUGCUCCAGGAUUUGUUAAGGACCCGAUUCAACGAGAAGAUAUCAGGAAUGUACCCCGGAAGACUUUGAAGGAGUACCAGGAGAAGCUGGAGGAGACGAGGAAGGUGCGAAAGAAUAAAAAAGAAGAGUUUCUAGACAGAAGUCAUAGGACGAUCCUCUUCGAUUGUAUCCGUAGGACGCCGUCAGUGUGGAGAACUCGGACAACUCCGGCACCGGCUUCUGAAUGGGAGAAAGUGGGUGUCAAGCUCUACGAAAAAACUGGUCAGGAGUAUUCAGUGGAGAGGAUGAGACGCACAUGGCGGGACGCCAAAACGAACAUGUAUAAGACCUUGGAAAAGAAGAAAGGCAAAUCUCCCGUCCAAAGAGAAGAGGAGAUGUGGAGGUGCUACAGCCAUUUGCUGUGGUAUCGAAUUUACAAGGAAGGAGAGGAUGAGCUGUCGGGACAGAUAGAAGCAGAAGAACAAGAAGCUUCUCAAGAAACCAAAGAUUGGAUUGAAGAGUUGGAGAUGAAAGACAAAAUCGAAUUUGAGGCAUACCGUCGAGGAGAUAGGGAGCCUGAGGAGCUUCCGCAUUUCCCGCUUAUCCCAGACCACAUGCGGUUCGAAGAAGAGAAACUGCAGACAGCUCAAGCCAUGGAGUACCCCGAAGAAUUUGAUGAGAACGAUCGAGUCCUGCGGGACACAAUUCUCCAGCCGCUUCUGAGUUGUCAAGGGCAAGAGGGAAAAAUUCUCAUCCAGAGAGCGUUUUUGUUCUACCUGGUCGGACUGGACGGAGGAUUAAAUGGACCGCCAUCAUAUAGAUUCGAUCAAUUGAGGAAGAAUGUGAUUAACUGA